AGUAUAUGUGACGUAAUCCUUCAGACGGGUGUUCGGUAUGCGUGCUCGUUGCCCACGACCAGCUAUAGGUGCUGCCUCGUCGGCAGUGGGUGCUGCCUCGUCGGGUAGUUGGUCCUUCAAUUCAGCACUGGUGCUGCUGCCAGUUCCGGCAGCGCUGGACGACGUCAUGUCGCCCGCUGCUACGGGUGCUGUGUCUUCGGUGGCCGGAAGGGGCUCCAGGGCUUCUACGGGUGCUGUGUUUUUGGUGGCGGUGUCGAAGAUUGUAGGUGCUGCAGCAGCGGGUCGUCUUGGGAGCCGUGUGAUCAGAUCCUCCUCCAUUGGUAAUGGGCCGUCCGACACCGGAAUUGGUUGGUCGGUCUCUUUAUCUGAAAGGUCGGGUUUCAGCGCCGGUCGGCUAGGCUAUGGUUUUGGACUAACCAUCUACCCAGCGAUGGUAGAUAUCAGCCAUCGAUGGGUAAGUGAUCCCGAGUUUCCAGAACCAUGCCACCCAGCGAUGGGAGAUAUUACCCAUCCAUGGGUAAGUGAUCCGGGAUUCCAGAACUAUGCCACCCAGGGAUGGGAGAUAUUACCCAUCCAUGGAUCCUUUGGGGUUGCCUCGCCUGCCAUGCUUGCUGUUCGCUGGAGGGAGUGCGUUCACCGUGCAAAGGAAAAAAACAAGAUCGGUUUCGAUCGAUUGCUCCGAUACAAUCGGACUGUUCUUGAUAUGGUUUGGUCGUGGCCUGCCAUCGGAGCUCGCGAUAACUGCCUCCCUCUCUUCACCGUCGUCAGGCUACUUUUUGCGGCGGCGCUCUCUGCGGCGAUGGGGUGUUUCUUCAGCUGCUUCCGCGUUAGCCGCGGCAGAGGCGAUUCUCCUGCCGCUGAUCGAUCCCGUUACAGAACCGUCUCACAACCUGAAGUGCACUGCAAUUGGAGUCAGUUUUCUUCUUUAUUCAUUUCGACGGACGAGAAAGAAGAUGAAUAUGGCGUGGAAGCCAUGGCAAAGGAGAAACAUGACAGUGUGAUCUCUGCGCAUGAGUUGGACAUUACAGAGCUCAAGCACCAGGCUAAAUUUCUCAAAGCUUGUGGAACCUUACCUGAAACCCCUGUUGAAGUUCUAAAAUUAUCAAAAGAAUGUGAAGAUUCAUCAUCUCAGAACGGUGCAUUGUUUCCUUCAGAUCACAACUCCUGGCAACCUGACAUGUCCGUUGUUAACCAAACCCUGCAUUCACAUCCUGAACAACCUCUAACACCUUCCAAAAACUGUGACAAAUUGAUGGAGGGUUCAGUUUCUGCUCUCGUUACUCCUGCUAGCUGCAUGAAGGAUGUGGGAAAGAGCACUGGUUCCUCCAGUUCCAUUCAUGGCAGUCCAUCGAUUGAGAUUAAUCUCGACCAGGCUGAUAUUUACUCUGAUCCAUCAGUUUCACCUGCAAUUCUUCCUAGUUCUACACGCAUAAAUAAAUCUGUUCGUUUUGAGGUCGAUUCUUACCCUUCAGUUUCAGCAAAGGCAUUUUCUUCAAAACUAGCUCGUCUGAAACCCCAUCAUUCACCCUACCCAACCCCCUUGAAACUAACUGAUGACAUGCAAACUCCUGGCACUAUUUUCCCAUCAUACACAAAGGACAUGCCAAAUGUAAAAGCUCCCCGGUUCAGGUGCCAAUAUGUCGGUUCCACCUUAAACCUGGCAGAAAAAGAAUCUCAGCUGAAGGGAUUGAUGGGUGAAGGUUCUACUUCCUUUCAAGACUGUGAUAAUACUUCAACGGAAUCGCCCAGUGGAAUGGGAGAAUCUGAUGCACAGCCCAAGGAAACAAACUUUGACUCAGUGAUUGGCAGAGAAGCCACCACAUCCAUGGAGGAAUCAAAGUUGGAAGCCAGUCAGUCUUCAUGGUGGAAACCACCUCUUAACCAGGAAGAUACUAAUUUACAUUUAGGCGGAAGUGUUCCUAUUCGUGGAACUCCAGGGGACAGGCCUAUACUUGGGAUGGUUGCUGCUCACUGGAAUGAUGAUGGCCCCCCUUCUAAUAUCUCACCUAAAUGGUGGGGCGCCAAUGGAAUUCCAAAUACUACUACAAAGUACAAAGAGGAUCAGAAAGUGAGUUGGCACGCAACACCAUUUGAGGAGAGAUUAGAGAAGGCCCUGUGUGAUGAAACAUUCGUCUUACGGAGGUGGAAGCAAAUCAGCGGUCCGCCAGCAAUCACUUUUGAUGACAAUGAAAGGCUCAUUUCCUCUAUGACCUAAAGAAACUUAUACUCUACUCUCAUUUCCAGCACUCCAUCUAUAUAUGCUUCUCAAGUCAUUGUGAGUUUAACACUUUGAUGAAUACCCUUUGGGAUGCCAGAAUUUCCAUUCCUUGGAUGAAUAGGCUUUAUCCUUCUGUUUUGAAUAUAAGAAUGCAGAUUUAUUUCCGCAGUUGCUUAGCUUUGGAAUUUUGAAAAAAAAGAACAAAUAUACAUCAGUCUUUAGUAUUAACGUUUUCAAAUGGGCGCUCUAUUUAAGAAUCGUUCAAAACUCUUAACUGCUAAAUACAAAGGAUGGUUUGGG